UUUGCAACUCACACAGUACCCUAUAUUUCAUCAGGCGAACUGUAAAAUUAAAAUGGGUAAAGACCACCCAGACGCAGACCUCUUCCCAGAAGCCACAGGUCCCGCGAAGCACACCGUCAAGCGCGUCUGGAUCGCGCUCGAAGAAAAAGGAAUCCAAUACCAAUACAUAGAAGUAAACCCGUACCACAAACCAAAAUCGCUGCUCGAUCUCAAUCCGCGCGGCCUCGUCCCAACACUGCAGUACCAGGAGAAGCCGCUGUACGAGAGCACGGUGCUCUGUGAGUUCCUCGAAGAAGCGUUUCCGGACCACGCGCCACAUCUCCAACCUAGCGACCCGUACGAGCGGGCACGCACGCGGAUAUGGACAGAUUUUGUCACGUCGCGGGUGAUUCCUGGGUUUCAUCGUUUUCUGCAGCACCAAGGGCAAGAUGGUUUGAAAGAGAAGCGGAUCGAAUUUUUGGGCUAUUUGAAGGAGUUUACGCGGGAGAUGGAUGGGGAGGGUCCGUUUUUCUUGGGGAAAGAGUUUAGUCUUAUCGAUGUUGUUAUUGCGCCGUGGGCUGUGAGGCUGUGGGUAUUUGAUCAUUUUAAGGGUGGGGUGGGGAUUCCGCAGGAGGGAAAGGGUGGAGAGGAGGAAGGGGUUUGGAAGAGGUGGAGGACGUGGUUGAAGGCGGUAGAGAAACGGAGGAGCGUGGUGGAAACGCUUAGUGACAGAGAGCAUUACUUGCCUAUCUACCAAAGAUAUGCCGAUGACAAGGCACAGAGCGAGCUAGCAAAGGCAACGAGAUCUGGGCGAGGCGUUCCAUAGUGUAUCUGUUUAAGAUAUCGUGGGGCUUUGCUAUCAAUAGCUUAUAUGCGAUAUGAAAUCCUGUCUGCCACAAUCAUCCCGUCUGAUAUCUUGCCUUUACUUCAUAUGUCAUAAUAAGUAUAUCACGUACCCCGAUGGCGAGGAAAGUAAAGAUAGAAAUUGCUUGAUCGUACGUGGUAUGACUGUGCGGGUGACUCGUCAACGUUGACAGCGGAAAGCCAGCGAUAUUAACCCAUGCUGAGUGGGACUUUUACGCCUUUAGCACCACA